AUGCCGCCAGAGCUGUCAGAUGUGUGGUUCGUUGGGCCUGUAGCAGAAGCCGUAAAGACGGUGACCGAGCAAAACGUGGUGUUUCUCGUCUAUCUAUACGACGAUUCUGACGAGAGCAAGCAGCUUGAUUCUGUGUUCCAGGAUGAUAAGCUGAUGGAAAUCAUGAAAGCAAAGACAAUUGCACUGAAAAUGCAGAAGGAUUCCGAAGAGGCCAAAUUAUUCGGCCAGUUGUACCCAACAUACCAAGUACCAGUAGUGUAUUUUAUCAUACAAGGAACAAUCAAAGAUUAUGGCAUUCACAACAUGAAGAGCGAAGAUAUCAUGGAUAAAAUAAAGAAAAAUAGUCCUGCAAUUGAUACAAAGAAAAAGCUAGAGGACAUUCGCAAAAAACGUUUAGCAGAGGAAGAAAAGCAAGCAAGAGAGGCAGAAAUAAAGAGAAGAGAAGAUGGAAAGCUCGCACAGGAAACACAACAAAGUCUACAGGACAAACAAAACAGGCUUCACCUUGAAAAAGUCAAAAAGGAACGCAAAGCUAAUGAGGAGUACAGAAAGAAGGUGAAGGAGCAGAUUGCAAAGGAUAGAGCAGAUCAGAUUGCUGCUAGAAAAGCCGAGAAACAACGCCUUGAAGAGAGCAAAAAGCAGGAGCAGACUGCUGUCAGAUCAGCUGGAAACGCUAGUUCUGGAGGGUAUUGGGAUCACAGCAAUCUGAAUAUAAAGCAACUUGACGGCUGCAGUCUACGACACAGUUUCUCCUCAUCAGACACUCUCGCAAAUGUCACAGAAUGGAUUGAUAAGAUGAGAACAGAUGGCGACAUGCCUUAUAAAUUGUUUGCACAGUUUCCAAAUCGAAAUUUUGAUAUUGGCGACGAGCAAAGGACAUUAUUGGAACUAAAGUUAUGUCCAAGUGGCACGCUUAUUAUGAAGCCUAUCAAGAAUGCUUCCAUUGCUUAUGCUGGAGCAUCAUCAUCGUCAUCAGCAUUUGGCAGUGGAGGUUGGAUGAACUAUCUGUCGUCAGCUACUGAUGCUAUCUACAACUCUGUGAGCCAAGUAGGAGCAUCUGUGGCAAAUUACCUGGUAACGCCAACAGCAACUGCAGAACAUGGAAGACGUUUAGGUGGAAAUGGCGAGCAACAAACAUCUACUCUUGUAAAUGCAUCAAGUUCUGGCUCAAGCGAUCGCAAUGUGAAUACAUUACAUGGCAAGAAAUAUGAUGAAAGUGAUGGCGAUAAGAGACAGACUUACAAUGGCAACUCAGUGAAUCAUGAAUAA